AUGGCUUCUGGUGCUCCCCCGGUUGGACAGGAAAACAUCAACACCGACAUCGUCACCCUCACCCGAUGGCUCACUGAAGAGCAGGCCAAGGUCCCCGAGGCCACCGGUGACUUCACACUUCUCUGCCACGCUCUGCAAUUUGCCUUCAAGUCGAUUGCCUACUACAUCCGUCGCGCCUCGCUGAUCAACCUGACGGGGCUGGCGGGCUCGUCCAACACGACGGGCGACGAUCAGAAGAAGCUUGACGUCAUCGGCAAUGACAUCUUCAUCGCGGCGAUGAAGGGGUCGGGCAAGUGCCGGAUCCUGGUCUCCGAGGAAGAGGAGGAGACGAUCAUCUUCGACGAGCACCCGGACGCGCGCUACGCGGUGGUGUGCGACCCGAUCGAUGGCUCCUCCAACCUGGACGCAGGCGUCUCGGUGGGCACCAUCUUCGGCAUCUUCCGCCUGCCCGACGAGGUGCUGGGCGCCGGCAAGCAGGUGACGGCCAAGGACCUGCUGCGCGCCGGCACGGAGAUGGUCGCUUCCGGGUUCACCAUGUACGGCGCCUCGGCCCAGCUGGUCAUCACCAUGCGCAACGGCACCGUCAACGGCUUCACCAUGGAGAACUCCCUGGGCGAGUUCAUCCUCACCCACCCGGACAUGCAGCUGCCCGCCAAGCGCGCCAUCUACUCGGUCAACGAGGGCAACAGCAUGUACUGGGACGACUGGUGCAACGCCUACUUCCACUCCCUCAAAUUCCCCGGCGAGGGCCAGAAGCCCUACAGCGCCCGCUACAUCGGCUCCAUGGUCGCCGACGCCUACCGCACCCUCCUCUACGGCGGCGUCUUCGCCUACCCCGCCGACAAGAAGAGCCCCAAGGGCAAGCUCCGCAUCCUCUACGAGUGCGCCCCCAUGGCCAUGCUCUUCGAGAACGCCGGCGGUCUCGCCGUCAACUCCCGCAUGGAACGUCUCCUCGAGGUCGUCCCCGAGCACAUCCACGACCGCAGCGGUGUCUUCCUCGGCUCCAAGGACGAGGUCCAGAAGAUCAUCGACACCUACAACCAGCACAAGAAAUAA